AUGUUCAAAAAUAUCAGAGGAAUCUCACAUUUGGGAAUAUUUACAGAAAAUAAUAAGAUAAAACAAAUAAAUACAAACCUUCGAUAUUUUAAUGCUACUUUUUUUAAAGACAAUGGAUAUCCUGUGAAUAGAAUUAUAUAUCCUAAAACUUUUUAUGUAAAUUGUAUAAAUAAAAACAGUAGUAAUAGUAAUAAUAUUUACAGUCCCCAUUUUGGAAAUGUGAAACUAAAAAAUCGAAACAAUAAUAUAUUUAAAAAUGUUAUUAUUAACAAAUAUGUAUCAUCAUAUAAUCAAAACAGCUAUUUAAAAUGUUUAGAACAUUUUCACUCUGUUUCGAGCAAGGAUAACCACAAUGAUGGGAACGGGACAAAGGGAAAAAGUGAAAAAGUAAAAAAAACACAUGAACAAGCAAGGAAUCUUGAUAAGAAUGAUAUAAAUAAUAAUGAAAUAUCGGGAAUAAACGAUAAAAGUCUUAAUAAAAAUAAUAUUUGGGGGAGAGGGAAAAGUUAUUUGAAAAAUGUGCAUUCUCUAUUAAUUACAAAGAAUAUAAAAGAAAUGUUAGUUCAUUUCAAAAGUAAACAUAGUUAUAAAAUAGUUGUAAAAAGAAUACAAAUGGAAAAAAAACUUUUUAUAAAUAUUUUAAAAAAAUAUAAAAUGAAAUCAGAAAGUUUAAAGAAUAAUUCAAGUGAGGAAAUAUAUAGAAAAGCCAUAAUGAACACCAAAAAAAAAAUAUCUACAUUUUUAAAAAGAAAUAGUAAUAAAUCUUUUAUGGAUAUAUAUAAUGAAGAAAAAAAUAAAUAUAAAUUAAGAAAAGAAAAAUUAUUAAAAUCACAAGAAAAGCUUAUUAAUAAAUCUAAAAUAGCUCAUUCAAAUAUUAAAAACUUUUUUAAAAAAUAUGGUUAUGUUGGUUUGGGAACCUAUUUUGGUGUUUUUCUAAUAACAUUUUGUGCCUCUUAUUUUUUUGUUCAUUUUAAAUAUAUAUCAUUAUCAGACUUAAAAUAUUUAUCAGAAAAAAUGCAUUUAAAUAAAUACAUUGAUGAUGAUUUACAUAAAAAGAUUGAUUCUUUAUGGGGAGAACUUAUAUUUGCAUAUAUAGCAUCCAAAGUUACUGAACCUCUUAGAAUAGUUAUAACAGUUAUAAUAACACCAUAUAUAGCCAAAGUUAUUAGAAUAAAAAGGGGAAGUAGGAUAAAAAACAGCUAG